UUGUACUGUUGAAAAACAUCAGGAGUACAGAAGAAGAACAUGUCCCGGAAACAUCGAAACAUUGACCGAUUUUAAAUAUCUUCUGACUGUCUAUGGAAUAAAUUCAUGUAGGAGUGGGGUUUUGUACUUAUUUGUUAAAUACGUGAACAGUUAUUCAGCAUGGACAUAUCCUCUGAUGAAUCUGAUGACUGGUUUAUGGAGUCUCUAAACACAUACAAAGACCUGCAUGUAUUUCAACUCGAGCAUCCGACAAAAGUAAUAGAGUGGACGGGUGAUAAAAAUAUUUGUGUUGCAGGAUACACUGGAGCAAGAAGUGAAAUCUUAGAGUUACUUCUGCCUCUUAAGUUAUAUGCAGGAGAAAACCAGGGCCUUUGUGCAGAAAGAGACUUCAAAGUACAGCAUGGUGGAUUUUCUGAGGAAACUAUUGAGAGUUUGAUACAUAUCCCUGGAACAAGGUGUGUGGUGACUAGUGGAAGUUCUAGUUCGACAUUGCAGAUAUGGGAUAUUGGAGGCGAUGAUAGCGAUGUUAUAAAAAAGACUGGAGUCAUAAACCUCAAGAGCACAACAGCAAAAAGCAGUAAAAUAGCACCUGGAUUAACAGACGAACCAGCAGUCCUUCAUGGUUCUUGUAUAAGUGAAGUUCAGCUGACAGAGAUAGCAACAGGACGGGUUCUGUAUACAGUAGCAAAAGAGUCCUCCGAUUCAGUGAGUGGCUUACAGUUUGUGAAUGCUUGUGUGUUUCUCAUAUGUGCGAGUGAUGGCACUCUGCUAAUGGGUGACACAAGAGAUCCCUCGACUUGUCAUUAUCCUCUGGAUGACAGUAAGAGUGAUUUGCACUGGGCAUUUGGACUGAGGACUGACAGCUCUCAGUCAGAACCUUCCUGUUGUACUGUAGCAAGACUCUCGUCCUCUGGUCACAUGCUGCUGUCUGAUCUAAGAAAUUUACAACGUCCGUUUUGUCAAACCCAACUAAAUGUCCAACACAACACAUCAGAGAAUGACUUCCUGAAUGUUUCUUGGGCUCCUGUUCUCGACAGAUGUCUGUCUGUGUCAGGGUUUGAUGGAACCGUGCACAUCUACAACACAAUAAAUUGGAGCACAGAGGGACAGAGCCCACAGCCAGUUUUUUCACACAGAGGUCAUGAAAUGUCAGAUGAAGCAAAAUACAGUGGUUCCCCUGUGGUUACCAUCCAUUCUUGGCAUCAGUCACGACCAAAAACUAUUCUCUCAGCAGCUACGGAUGGAUCUCUACAUGUAUGGGACUGGGUGGAUAAAAUCACUGACAGAUGAAGUUGAUGUUCAUUAGAUAAUUAAUAGACAAAUCUAUUGUGUAAUGAUACAAGCAUAUCCUUUAUUCAUUUUUAAUAGAUUUGUAUAAUAAUUUACAGUCAAAGUACAAUGUUUGUCAAAUUCAUUAAGUAAUAUUAAACAAUUGAGAAAUAA